AUGGGGGUUUCUUUAAGCUAUCCUACAAAAUGGGCUUACGUGAGUACACUAGUGAUUGUCCUUGUUGAUGGCUCUUGUAAUACAAUGACGAUAAGGGCAGAAACUGAUGCAAUCAGUAACCAUUCUAGCAAACUCGACAAAUCUGGUACUUCUAUGUGUGCAAGCAAGUGCAACGCAAGGUGCUCGAAAGCAGGAGUAAAAGAUCGGUGUUUGAAGUAUUGCAACAUAUGUUGUAUGAAAUGCAAGUGUGUUCCUUCUGGCACGUACGGUAACAAGCAUGAGUGUCCUUGCUACAGAGACAUGAAGAACAACAAGAACAAGCCCAAGUGCCCUUGAAUUCGAUGGGAGUCACUCAGUACGUGUCCUUAUUAUGGUUACGAGCCGAGGCUAUAAUUGUGUUCAUGCUUUAACUAGUUGUGUGAUGAGUUAUAUGUCUAUGUGAUGAGUUGUGGCUAAGUUGUUUUGGUCACUGAGUAAGAUUGUAAUUAUGUAUUCAUAUAUGUUUACUACCAGUAUGACACUACUAGUUCUGUAUGUCUAUGACAUAAUUUUGUUGCCAUUGUAUUGUUUGGAAAUUACCAAAGAUUAUCUUAAGAAAAAAAUAAUUAUUUAUAUAAUUGGUUUGUGUAAUAUAAAGUUAUUAGACAUUUACAUCUACUAGUGAGCUAAGGAGUCAAGUAAUUGCUUAUUUACUCUUAAUUCUUGCUCAUAAGAAAAAAAUAAAUAAAAAAGACACUCUUAACUGUUCUGAACUACACCGUGUAGCUAGUUAUAAUUUAUUUUUAUUUAAAAAAAAAAAAAAAAAAA